AUGGCCGUCAACAAUGAUGGCUACGACCCGGCCGGCUAUGCCCAAGGCGCGACGACCAAGUGGUUGGCCGACAGCAUUCAGCCGGUUGCAGCGUCGCUCUCGAGCCUCUCGGAGGCGGCGGCGUCACUGUCGAACGACGGACUGCAUCACGUGCCGCACCACGUGUCGAUUCGGAGCCUCGUCGACACGCUGGAUCUUGGCAGCUUGGUUCGCCAGUACCUCGAGACGACGGCGACGUCGGUCUUUACAAGGACGCUUGGAGCUGUGUCGCCACCGCGACUCAUUGUUUAG